AAAAUAUAAAAAAUAAAUGCAAUCAUCUGAUAACCUCCAUGUUGAUGAUUUCCAUCAAAACUUUCUCAUCUUUUAUGCCAAAGCCAAAGACAUUACCAAUGUUAGAUUUAAUUAUAUGAGAGAAUUGUACAACCUUGGAGUGGAUUCUUUCCCUGACAAUCAAGAAGUCUGCACUAUUCAACAAAAUAACAAGUUGAAUUUGCAAUCUUAAUAAAACAAGCUGAAAAAGAACUGGACAGAUGAUGACAAAAAGGUGCUCAUAUGGUUGGUGGGCAAAUGGACUGCUGUCAAUAAAAGAGACAUCAAAUCUAUAGUAUAUCAAUACAACUCUAUUUGAAGAGCGAUGCUGACUGGAAUUCCAUUGCCAGUAUGAUGCCAAGAAGAGACGCCUUCAAAUGCAAAUAGAAGUGGCUUCAAAUGCUUAAACUGCCUUUGCAACAAGCUCCAUGGACCCUUCCUGAAGAUGAACUUCUCAGAUCCAUAAUAUAUGACUAUCAAAAUUAGAACAAAGGAAACAAAUGGAGCCAGAUUGCCACCACUCUAAACAAAAUUAGCUAAUCAAAUGUACACAGAAAUGGUAAAUAGUGCAGAGAACGAUGGAACAAUCAUCUCAAUCCCUUCAUCAAUCGGUAUUAAUCUCAUGUAAAUAUUACCUACAAGAAAUCCUUGGCAAUUGAAUGAAGAUUUGAAUUUGUUAGAAUUAUCCAUCUAGAAUGGGAAGAAGUGGGCCUUGAUUUCAAAAAAACUAAAAAUACCAAGAAGUGAGAAUAGUGUCAAAAAUAGAUUCAAUUGUCUCUUAAGGAAGGAACGAAGUCAAAAAACAGGGUAGGCUAUAUUAAUUAUAGAAGGAAAAAAGAUGAAGAAGAAAGCGAAUCAGAAGAAUCUAAGAAUUCGAAUUUUCCAUCCGCAGAAGAGUUGAAUCACGAUGAAAUCAAACUCAUACACACCAUCAUCAAAAAAAUAGAGUGGAGAAUCCAACAAAGUGAUAACCUCCGAGAAAAUGAACAGAAAGACAUGGUCAAAGAAGAACACCAAGAUAUUGUUAAAAAAGUUAAAGUCGAAUCUAAUUUACCUCCAAAAAGGGAAUUACGAUAAUCACAACCAAUCCCUAAAAAUUAGGAUAAAAUCAACUUAGAAAUAAAAGACUGUCAACUCUCAGAAAUUGAGAUCAGCACACUUCAACCCUGUUUAAUUAAUAAAGAGAAAAAUUAAAUAUUUUUUGUUUCCCCUGAACAACUCCAUCUUUAUCUAAAUAAAUCAGAUAUUAGUUAAUAAAGCACCUUUCAAGAAAACAACCUAUCCAAUCAAAAUAGUUUAGGUUCCUAUUUUUAUGAUCCUAAACUAUACCGAUCUUAUGUCAUGAUGCAAUCAAAUGAAUAUCCUCAAAUUUAGAGUGGAGUUUACCAGUAAAGAUCUAUUCUUAAUCCUAAUGUGAUGGGAACCUUCCCCAGUAUUAAUAACUAUCCCUUUUCUAUGACCAUGUCAGCAUAUCCAUCUCAAGCAAACUUGAUGACCCAAUUAUAAAGAUGA